CGCUUGAUGAUCGCGUUGCCAGGACGACUGGAAAGCGAAAACCCACAGCAAACGGCAGAGCGCAGUGGCGUGUGCCAAAUUCCAAAACGUUUCAACCAGGACUGGUUUUUUCCAAUUUCGUUUUCAGUUCUUGUUGGAUUCUCAAAGCGUCGACGUGGCCGCGCAGUCACCGAGCCACACGAGAGUCGUCGCUCGCGUAAUACCAAAAACCAAAGACAACAAAACAAAAAGAAUAGAAACACAAAAAUUAGAAAAGAAUAUUUUUUCGGCAACGUCAACGCCGUCGGCACUUUACAGUUGCUUGCUAAUUUUUUAAUUAACGAAAAAGAAGAAGAGGUGGAAGGAGAAGAAGUGCAAUAUUAAAGAAACAAAAAUUUAAUGCAAAUAAACAAAAUGUGAGACGUAAUGUUGAAACAAAGUCAAAGGCAAAAACGAAUUCAAAACAGUUGCCGCAGCAGCUGAGAUCCUGCAGCAGCAGCAGCAGCAGCAGGAGUCCAGCUGAAUCAAAAACCAAUUACAAACUUGCAACAGCGUUGCAAAGAGUGUGAGUGUGUGUUAAGACAAAAUAAAUUUAAAGAAACAUAAUCAAGUAGAAACGGAGCAACAAAAACCAUUCACAACGGCGACCAUCACGAACUCCGCCCUUGCAAUGAGCCAAUUGGGCACCGUCUACGCCACCAAGCGAAGGCGACGCAACGGCAAAAGCCUGAAGCCCCCGCCCAAGGAUGGCGUCACUAAGAGCAAUCCAUCAAAACGGCAUCGAGAGCGCCUCAAUGCCGAGCUGGAUCUGCUUGCCUCGCUGCUGCCCUUCGAGCAGAACAUACUUAGCAAACUGGAUCGACUGAGCAUACUAAGGCUGUCCGUUAGUUAUUUAAGAACCAAAAGUUAUUUUCAAGUUGUUAUGCAUAAGGAUAAGGAGGAGAACGGUGUCCUGCCGCACAUACACGCUCACGAUGGCUACAGAACCCGUGAGCUGGGCGCCUUCGAGCACGGCCUGCUGGACGGUGAUAUGUUCCUGCAGGCUCUAAAUGGAUUUCUAAUGAUACUGACAUGCGAAGGCGAGGUCUUCUUUGCCACGCACAGCAUCGAGAGCUAUUUGGGUUUUCAUCAGUCGGACAUUGUGCAUCAGUCGGUUUACGAGCUAGUCCACUCGGAGGAUCGCGAGGAGCUGCAGCGCCAGCUGCUCUGGAACAGCUUCCUGCCCGCGGACAUGUCCAGCAUGCAGCUGGCGGAGACUCUGGCGCCGGACAAGGCGCUCUACCUGGAGCGCAGCUUCACUGUGCGCUUCCGCUGCCUCCUGGACAACACGUCCGGCUUCCUGCGCUUGGACAUUCGCGGCCGCAUCAAGAUACUGCACGGCCAGAACCGGAAGACGGAGGAGCCGCCACUGGCGCUGUUCGCCUACUGCACGCCUUUCGGCCCGCCCAGCCUGCUGGAGAUACCGCACAAGGAGAACAUGUUCAAGUCCAAGCACAAGCUGGACUUCUCGCUGGUGUCCAUGGACCAGCGGGGCAAGCACAUACUGGGCUAUGCGGACGCCGAGCUGGUCAACAUGGGCGGCUACGAUCUGGUCCACUACGACGACUUGGCCUACGUGGCAAGCGCCCAUCAGGAGCUGCUGAAGACCGGCGCCUCGGGCAUGAUCGCCUAUCGCUACCAGAAGAAGGACGGCGAGUGGCAGUGGCUGCAGACCAGCUCGCGGCUGGUCUACAAGAACUCCAAGCCAGACUUUGUGAUCUGCACGCAUCGCCAGCUGAUGGACGAGGAGGGCCACGAUCUGCUCGGCAAGCGCACCAUGGACUUUAAGGUUAGCUACCUGGACACCGGCCUGGCGUCCACGUACUUCUCCGAAGCGGACCAGCUGGUGGUGCCACCCACCAGUGCCAGUGUCUCGCCCACGGCGCACGCGCUGCCGCCGCCGGUCACGCCCACGCGCCCCAAUCGCCGCUACAAGACGCAGCUGCGCGACUUCUUGUCCACGUGCCGCAGCAAGCGCAAGCUGCAGCAGCAGCAGCAUCAGCAGCAGCAGCUGCAGGCACAGCAGUCGUCGCCGUUGGCUCAGGUGGGCUCGCCCGCUCCGGCGGUGGUGGAGUACCUGCCGGAUCCUGCGGCUGCUGUGGCGGCCGCCUACUCCAAUCUGAAUCCCAUGUACACCACGUCGCCAUAUGCCACCGCCGCGGACAACCUGUACAUGGGCAGCUCCAUGCCGGCGAAUGCCUUCUACCCGGUCAGCGAGAACCUCUUCCAUCAGUAUCGGCUGCAGGGCGCCGUUGGCGUCGGCGGCUACUACACGGAUUAUCCGCAUACGGGCGCGCCGGCCUCGGCGUACGUGGCCAACGGGUUCCUCUCGUACGACGGCUAUGCCAUUGCCUCCAAGGCGCAGGACGAGAAGUGGCAGGAGACGGGCAAGUACUACAGUGGCUACAGCAGCGGAUACGGCAGUCCGACGUCCACGCCGCAGCAGAUUCCGCUGAAGACGCCCAAGUCCUCGCCGCAGGUCAUGGAGGUUAUAUCCUGCUCCUCGGACGGUCCCUCGCCCGUGGGCGUUGCCAAUGCCACGCCCAACGGCAGCAGCGUUACGCCCAAAGUGGAGCUGUCCGCGACAACGGCCACUGCCGUCAGCCAGGAUCCCUACGAGCGCCAGACGGUGCUCAUGUGGGGCACCACGCAGUCCAGCGGCGUGCCGCUCAAUAGUCGCAGCGCUGUCAAUGCCGGCGGCUCGCCUCAGCGCACCACGCCCCUGACCAAUGGCCUGAGCUACGCACACAACAACAACAACAACAACGAGCAUGAGCCCGUUGUGGCAGCCAAGUGGAAUGGCAGCAAGGCCGAGCUGACGGGCAAGUCGGCCAGCGACGGCACACCCGAGAACUAUCAGCUGCAGCACGACGACUCCGGGCUCUACUCGGCCUCCUCGCACACCACAUCGCCCCAGCAGCAGCAGCAGCAGCAGCAGCAACAGCAGCAGCCACAUUCAUCACGUGGCCUCGGCGGCUCCAAUGUGAGCAACUCCAGCAAUUCCAUAACACACCCAGUCAGUGGCACCGAGCACCCAGCGUUGCAGCCCAGUCAUGCGCAUCCGCAGCAGCAGCAGCAGCCGCACCCACAGCCGCCCAGUUGUGCAGCUAGCCUCCAGCAACAGCAACAGCAACAGCAGCCGCACAGCCUUCACGCUCAUCCACAUAGCCAGCAACAGCAGCACCACCAUCAUCAGCAUCAACCACAGCCACAGCCACCACCACAACCACACACCCAUCCACAUCAUCAGCAUCACAACGAAAGCCAAGCAGCCGCUGCUGUGCAUCAUUUGCAUCCGCAGGCAACGGCCGGCACCGCCAAUGGCAGUGAGAUCCUAAUCAGCACCCAACUGCAACAGCAUCAACAGCAGCAGCAGCAGCAGCAGCAGCAACAACAACAACAGCAGCAGCAACAACUCGUUGGAUAUACGCUGCACCACCAUCCGCUGGAGUCGCCGCCCCACUGUCGCUCGCCGCCCACGCUGCCCGCUGUGAGCAGCCUGCUGAGUGGUGGUGCAUCAGCGGAUGCCUCAGCCUAUCAGCAGCUAGCAAUUGUCUCCUCUGCAGCUGCAGCAGCAGCGACUGCGGCUCCGCCGCUCAUUAUUUGCGCAGAGGAAUCGCUGCAGGCGCUCAACAGCAGCAGCGGCAGCAACGAGGCGCACAUCAGCUCCACUUCAAGCAACUCUGCGCGCACCGCACGUAAGGCUGCCAAACUGCAGCACCAGCAACAACAGCAACAGCAACAGCAACAGCAGCAUCAGCAGCAGCAACAACAACAACUUCAGCCAAAUUAUCAGCAGCAUCACGCACAGCAUCUACUCUAUCCGGCCAAUAUAACUGCACACACGGCGCUGGCCUAUGCCCCGCCGCCGGCUGGCGCCUAUAUCGAUGGCAGUCCGCUGCUCUCCUUCUCGGAGGUGACCAACACGUUGCUGAAUCAGUAGACAACUGGAAGACCCCAAGACACACAGACACACACACAUACCUACACACAUAUAUAUAUAUAUAUUUAUAUAUAAACCAUGUUCAACAGUUUUGCCAAAAUGUGGACUAUGACUAUCGUAUCUUCCAUAAUCUCAACACAAAUACACACACACAUACACACCCACACACACACAUAUAUAUAUACGAAUAUUAAGAGCACAAAGAAAUAGCAAACGAGAGAGCAGUUUAUAGCUAUCAAUUUAACAAGAGCCUUGCUCGAGUGUAUCAGAAUUAACUUCAAUCGAUACGAGUGCUGAGAGAUCUAUUAAUCGAUAGAUCAAGCGGAAUCGAGAAUUUAACUUAGGGGAUAUUUAGGAUAGUCAUAAAACAGAAUCACAACAAUCAAUGUCCCAUUUACCUCAAGUUUUAAACAUUUUAAUUUUUAUUUAUUUUUUUUUUUUUUUUUGCAAUUGAUUUAACUCUUAACAAUGUUAUCAUAUGAGAUGCAUUGAUGUCAGACAUAAAUAAUAUAUAAUAAAUACAUAUUUUUGCGUUUUUCCAAAUCAGAAAAUUCAUAUAAAAGUGGAAAGCAGAGGUUGAUCAAUUUAGAGUUUGCAAUAAUUGCAUUUGUAAUUUCGAUACCGUGAAAUGGCAUUUGUAAAAAUUUUUUAAAAAUGAUUAAAGAGUUUGUUAUAAAACAAUAAUUAAGAGAAGAAUAUCCGAAAUUUAACGCUUAUACCUAAAAGAGAUUAUAAAGAUGUACACAACAAAUUCUAAAUUGACAGCAACUGUUGAUUCCUCAUCAAAUACUUUCGCAUAAAACUAGAUUUGUCUAUCCUAUUAACCUAUAACGAAAAUCCGAGCCCAGAAACAGUCUAGACUAAUCUGAAUUAAAUAAAUUUUUUUAACAUAGAUUCUUUCAAUCAAAAAAAUAUAUCCAAUAUUUUCAUAAUACCCAUUUGAUAUUCUUUCCAUAAUGAUCUAUAUCCUAUCAGCUGUUAAUAUCUACUGAAUACAUUCGACAAAGCAAGGCUCGAGACAACAGAAAAGAAAUCUCAGUGUAAUAGUAUUAUUUCAAAUGCAAAUAUUCCGAACCCAUUAAGAAAGGUGUCUCUUUAGUUAAUCCUUCGAGCAACACAAUAUGUAAUUCUAUUUAUUUUACUGUGAUAAUUUAUAUAAACCUAUGUACAUGUAAUACUUAACACAAGGCAGGCAAUUUGAACCGUAUCCGUAAUUCCAAUUACUUCCGUAACAUAUCGAACGAUGUUAUUAGGGCAACAAUAGAAUACAAUUUAAAAUUAAAACCUGCACAAAGUAUGUAUAAUUCAUCGUCAGUUGUAGUAACAACCAAAGAUUUUCAUUUGUUAUACUAAAUACAAAUUAAUCUAAUUGUAGGAAAUACACACAAACAAAAAGAAAAAAUACAAAACAAAAAGAGAAAAAAUAACAAAACUCAAUUUGAGUUUUCAGAUUGUUGCGCCAAAUUUUAAGUUUCAUAUUUUCAGGCACUAUAGAAAAGAACAUUAGAAGAAGAAAACAAACUAAAAUGAAUCACAAUUAAUUGCUUAAGUAGCCAUAAGAUUAAACAUAAUUAAAUAUUUACAUAUACAUAUAUAUGAAGUGUAUGUAUAUAUA